AUGAGAUUUACACAGUUGCUUUGGUGUUUACUGCUUCUACUUGGAUUCGGAUUCUUAGCGGAGGCUAUUCUCGACCCUGUUGAUUUCUUGGCUCUGCAAGCGAUUCGUAAAUCUCUGGAUGAUUUGCCAGGUUCCAACUUCUUCCGGUCUUGGGACUUCACCUCUGAUCCCUGCGGCUUCGCCGGCGUCUACUGUGACGGAGACAGAGUCGUUUCCCUCAACCUCGGUGAUCCCAGAGCCGGGUCACCCGGUUUAUCCGGUCGAAUCAACCCGGCGUUAGGCAAACUCUCUGCUCUCACGGAGCUCUCCAUUGUCCCCGGCAGAAUCAUGGGCGCUUUACCGGCGACGAUCUCUCAGUUAAAAGACCUCCGUUUCCUCGCUAUCAGCCGGAAUUUCAUCUCCGGCGAGAUUCCGGCGAGCCUCGGCGAAGUUCGCCGUCUCAGAACACUCGAUUUGAGCUACAAUCAGCUCACCGGAACAAUUCCGCCGGCGGUCGGAUCUUUACCGGAGCUCUCCAAUUUGAUUCUCUGCCACAAUCACUUAACCGGAUCGAUCCCUCCGUUUCUCUCACAGACCCUGACCCGAAUCGAUCUCAAACGCAACAGCUUCACCGGCUCACUCUCUCCCGCGUCUUUCCCUCCGUCUCUGCAGUACCUCUCACUUGCAUGGAACCAGUUAACCGGACCCGUGGACCAGGUUUUACUUCGAUUAAACCAGCUUAACUACCUUGAUCUCAGCUUAAACCGGCUAACCGGCACAAUUCCCGGUCGAAUCUUGGCCUUUCCAUUACAACGCAACUUCUUCUACGGAUUGAUUCAACCGGCGGAUCAAGUAAAUAUUCCAACUGUGGAUCUCAGCUACAAUAGAUUCUCCGGUCAGAUAUCUCCGCUUCUCUCAAGCGUUGAGAAUCUCUACCUGAACAGCAAUCGGUUCACCGGAGAAGUCCCGGCGAUCUUCGUGGAGAGGCUGUUAUCAGCGAGCAUACAGACGCUGUAUCUUCAGCAUAACUUCCUGACUGGAAUACAGAUUAGUCCGGCGGCGGAAAUCCCGGCGAGCAGCUCGCUGUGUUUGCAGUAUAACUGCAUGGUUCCGCCUAUACAGACGCCGUGCCCGCUUAAGGCCGGCCCACAGAAGACUAGGCCCACUACACAAUGCAACGAAUGGCGAGGCUAAUGUGUCGCAUUACGCUUUCUUGUGGAUGAUUUUUGGGUGAUAAUAUUUAUUAUGUUAUAUGGUCCUUAUUUCAUUUUGUUAUAGUUUUUUUUUUUCUGAAGGGCAGUAUGUGUUGAAAAGGAAAAGAGAAAACAAAAACGAUUUGUGAAUUCACUAAGGUAGUUUGGUGUUAUUCAAUAGUGGAUUUAAAAUUAAUUUUAUAGAUUUU